CCAUGGCUUCGCUGGACCUGCCCUACCGCUGCCCGCGCUGCGGCGAGCACAAGCGCUUCCGGAGCCUGUCGUCGCUGCGCGCGCACCUGGAGUACAGCCACACUUACGAGACGCUCUACAUCCUCUCCAAGACCAACAGCAUCUGCGACGGCGCGGCCGCCGCCGCCGCCGCCGCCGCCUCCUCCGGCUUCCCGCUGGCGGCCGAGCCCGCGGCCCUGUUGGCGGUGCCGGGCGCGCGGCGCGAGGUCUUCGAGAGCACGUCCUUCCAGGGCAAGGAGCAGGCGGCCGGGCCUGCGCCCGCCACGCCCCACCUGCUGCACCACCACCAGCACCACCACGCGCCCCUGGCCCACUUCCCGGGGGACCUGGUGCCCGCCGGCCUGCCCUGCGAGGAGUUGGCCGAGCCGGGCCUCGUGCCCGCCGCCGCGCGCUAUGCGCUGCGCGAGAUCGAGAUCCCGCUGGGGGAGCUGUUCGCACGCAAGUCCGUGGCGUCCUCGGCGUGCUCGACGCCGCCUCCCGGGCCCGGCCCUGGCCCCUGCUCUGGGCCGGCCUCCGCCUCCCCCGCGUCCCCUUCGCCGGCCGACGUGGCCUACGAGGAGGGCCUGGCGCGCCUCAAGAUCCGCGCCCUGGAGAAGCUGGAGGUGGACCGGCGGCUGGAGCGGCUGAGCGAGGAAGUGGAGCAGAAGAUCGCGGGCCAGGUGGGCCGGCUGCAGGCCGAGCUGGAGCGCAAGGCGGCGGAGCUGGAGACCGCGAGGCAGGAGAGCGCGAGGCUGGGGCGCGAGAAGGAGGAGCUGGAGGAGCGCGCGUCCGAGCUCUCGCGCCAAGUGGAUGUGAGCGUGGAGCUGCUAGCCUCGCUCAAGCAGGACCUUGUGCACAAGGAACAGGAGUUGAGCCGCAAGCAGCAGGAGGUGGUGCAAAUCGACCAGUUCCUGAAGGAGACAGCAGCGAGGGAGGCCAGCGCCAAGCUGCGGCUACAGCAGUUCAUCGAGGAGCUCCUGGAAAGGGCGGACCGUGCUGAACGCCAGCUGCAGGUUAUCAGCAGCAGCUGUGGCAGCACACCUAGUACCAGCCUGGGCCGUGGAGGUGGGGGCAGUGGCCCUGGGCAUGGGGCCCGGGGCCCAGGCAGAAUGCGAGAACAUCAUGCAGGCCCAGCUGUGCCAAGCACAUACGCCGUGUCACGGCAUGGCUCCUCUCCCAGCACAGGGGCCUCCAGCCGCAUGCCAGCUGCAUCCCAGAGCUCAGGCUGCUAUGACAGUGACAGUCUGGAGCUACCUCGGGCAGAGGAGGGGGCCCCUGAAGACACUGGCUCUGGGGGCUUGAGCUCAAGAGCCCAGGCUACCAAUGGUGGCCCGGAGAGAUCUCAGCCCCCUCGCAGCUCAGGCCUGCGACGUCAGGCCAUCCAGAACUGGCAGCGUCGACCCCGCCGGCACAGCACUGAGGGGGAGGAGGGUGAUGUGUCAGAUGUUGGCUCCCGCACCACUGAGUCAGAGGCUGAGGGCCCCUCGGACGCCCCCCGCCCUGUGCCUGCUAUGGCAGGGCCACUGAACAGCUGCCGGCUCUCGGCCCGCCCUGAGGGAGGCAGUGGACGAGGCCGGCGAGCAGAGAGGGGUAGCCCCUCACGGUCCAAUGAGGUCAUCAGCCCAGAGAUCCUCAAGAUGCGUGCUGCCCUGUUCUGCAUCUUUACCUACCUGGACACCCGCACACUGCUGCAUGCUGCUGAGGUGUGCCGGGACUGGCGCUUUGUGGCCCGCCACCCCGCUGUCUGGACAAGGGUGCUGCUUGAGAAUGCCCGAGUCUGUUCCAAGUUCCUGGCAAUGCUGGCUCAAUGGUGCACCCAGGCCCACUCACUGACACUGCAAAACCUGAAGCCCCGACAGCGGGGAAAGAAGGAAAGCAAGGAGGAGUAUGCCCGGAGCACCCGGGGCUGCCUUGAAGCAGGACUGGAGUCCCUGCUGAAGGCGGCUGGGGGGAACCUGCUGAUCCUGCGCAUCUCACACUGUCCCAACAUCCUCACUGACCGUUCACUCUGGCUGGCCAGCUGUUACUGCCGUGCCCUGCAGGCUGUCACCUAUAGGAGUGCCACAGACCCGGUGGGCCAUGAGGUCAUCUGGGCCCUGGGCGCGGGCUGCAGAGAGAUUGUCUCCCUCCAAGUGGCACCACUACACCCCUGCCAGCAGCCCACACGCUUCAGCAAUCGUUGCCUACAGAUGAUUGGUCGCUGCUGGCCCCACCUGAGGGCCCUGGGUGUUGGAGGUGCUGGCUGUGGUGUGCAGGGCCUGGCAUCACUUGCAAGAAACUGCAUGCGGCUACAGGUCCUGGAGCUGGACCACGUGUCGGAAAUCACCCAGGAGGUGGCGGCUGAGGUCUGCCGGGAAGGCCUGAAGGGACUGGAGAUGCUGGUGCUCACAGCCACCCCUGUCACUCCUAAGGCCCUGCUACAUUUCAACAGCAUCUGCCGUAACCUCAAGUCCAUUGUGGUCCAGAUUGGGAUUGCUGAUUACUUCAAGGAGCCCAGCAGCCCUGAAGCCCAGAAACUGUUUGAGGACAUGGUGACAAAACUCCAGGCCCUGCGGCGGAGACCUGGCUUCUCAAAGAUUCUGCACGUCAAGGUGGAGGGCGGCUGCUAACCCGGGUAGGGGGCGGCAGGGCCCCUGCCAGCCCCACACCAAGGUACUUUUUGGACCCCCAGAGGGGCUCUGGCUUGGACUACACCUUUGGAAGUCUAGUGUUACCCUUCUCCUCCUGGAACAGGAGCAACAGGUGACCAAGGGCACAGCCUCCCCAGGGCAGGGGCUUGGACAAAAGCUCCCCUCCAACCUGCACCCACAUCCAGCUGGAGCAGCCUUCCGGCACAGCCAGCAAGGAGCUAUCACCACCAGCACCUGGUUGUCAUCGCCAGAGGAUCUGUAGUAACUAUCCAGUGACUUGGCUCCUUAGACAGGCUUCUCCUAUCUGAGGCCUACUCCCUGUCAGGGGCCUUAGCAAGACCACAGGCCAGAGGGUGUUGUUCAGGGCAUCUCAGGCAUGGCAAGGAGGGCUCUAUUCCUCCCUCUAUGGGGCACCCUCUUAAGACAGCUCAGCUGUAUUCCAGAUCCCCAUUUUCUAAGGAUGAUCCAGGCAGACCUAGGGACCCAGCAUGUGGUCAGCCAAAGCUGAGGGCAGCUCCAAGGUAUUGAUUUAGAAGGGUUUAAAAAAAAAAUCACCCAAACCUGCCAGGAUUAGGCUACCUCCCCCAACAGGGAAGGGACCUGCAGAGGUAGAUUUACUCAUGCCCACACCCACACCCCAAAGCUGAGUUUGGAACAGUAAGGGAUGCAUUUGUGUACAGGUCACUCCUGGAGGAGGGAGGGAGGCCACCUGCUGUGAGAAGGAAUCUCCUAACCCAAGUGCUUGGACAGGAAUCUGACGGCCUUUGGGUUUCCAAGACCCCUGUCUAGGAGGGUGGGUCCUGGGCUGCCCAAAGGGGCUUGCCUUGCAUCCUCAUCAGUUCACUUGCUUAAGGAUGUGGCCUUGCCAGGGAGCCAGACCGUUGGGCCAAGGGCAAGAAAUGCCCUCACCAGCCCCUUCCCAGGCUCUACCAGUCCUGGGCUGAGACUGCAGUGGGAGCCUUUGGCUCAACUUAAAGCCACAGAACGCUGGUGGCGCAGGCUUCAUUGGUCCUUGCCCAGUUCAGAGGACCAGGUCCUAGCACCAAGGCCCCAAAGACUGAGCUCCCUCUCUCAUUCCUCCUUUCUGGGUCAAGGGUCCUGCCCAACCUCCAUUUGGACAGAUUUUCAAACAUGUAACCUAACUCUUAGGGUUUCUUUUGCUCCUGUACAAGAUAGUUUCUCAGCCCUAAUUAUCACUAGGUCGUGGCUAGAGAUGGGAUCAUUUCCCAGUUUUCUCUAGCUGAUACCACUGGCUUAGGUUACUUCCAGAACUGCACACCUGUAGCUCAGAAGUGCACCCAGUUCUGGGGCUGUCCCAGCUCUUCAGCAUUAUUCUGACUUCUGUGGCUUGUUCUAUCCCCUACCCUUUAAAGGCCUGAAAUGCCAAAGGUGUCACAUCAGCUUCAUGUCCAGUCAUGCUCAAGUCUUGUCUAUGUGACACCGGUGCCCCUGCUCGCCCAGCCCCAGCUCAUUCCACUUCCCCAGUCCUGUCCCCAGAAGUUGCCGGAAACAACAGCACAAUUUUCCUCUCCUUCCGGGGUUCAGAAGGGAGGUGGAGGUGCACUCAGGACCUGUCUGUUUUGCCAGCUGCAUCCUUACAUCCCCAAGGCCAGAGGUGCUGCCCUGUCUCCUGGACAAAGCACAAGGUGCCCUGCCUGCCCUCAGAGAGCCGCCAUUCCUGAGUGCCCUGCCUGCCCUCAGAGAGCCGCCAUUCCUGAACCACAAGCUGUAGGCAUCUUCUCCCUGUGUUUCGCCUACUUGGAUAGCUGGUAUCAGUUAAAGGGUGCACAGCCAGUGGGAUGGGGGCAGGGCCAGGAUUGAUGCUGGGGCUAGACUCCGGCUCUUCCUCAUCCAGAGUCCCUGAACCCCUCUGGUACUAUGAAGACCCCUCUUGCUGAUGCAAGUAGGCCCUCCCAGGGACAAUUUCCAGGAAGCCAGUGAGGUCUCAGCAGGGUUUUCUUGCUCUGAAUAAAUGGGAAAUGUAAACUGCGUAGGCUUAAGCCGUUGCCAAAAGUGAUGUAUCACAGUAUGUCUCUUGUACUCCUGGCUGGCAGCAUUGGGAUCCUGGUCUUCAUGCAUGCUUCAGGAACCAAUACCUUUGUAGCCUUGUUCCUCCAGUACCGCCACCACUUGCUGUUCCUUUGCUCUCUCCCCAUGUAGGGAGCUACACUGCUGGAUGCUUCAUUUACCUCCUGAGCAACCAUGAACCACAGCAAGGGUUAAGGACGACAAGGAACUAGAACAUGGGCUUGGCUUCUUUCAGAUGUUUAAGCCCAGCUUUACCCACCCAAAAGGGAGUCCUUUUUCCUGUCUCAGCCAAUUAAGAUGCCAAAACAGCAUGUGUGAUAAGCCAGAACAGACCCUGCUCCAAAGGCCUCAGGUCUAUGGAGAGUUCCCAUGGGUGACGGCCACUCAGUGUCUACCAUUCCCAGCCUUGCCAUACAGCCUUGCUCUAGUGCCUGGAGAGUUCUGGGAUGUUUGGCCUGAGUACCCCAUGCUUAAUUUAGGCUGCUUUCCCAUGGCACUGGCAAACGUACGCACCUUUACCCAGAAUCUUAGCUUUCCACCCACCAGGGCAGACUGCUACACCUGAAUCAAGCCACUCCUUUUCCUUGUCCUAUGAAAGCAAAAGUUAAGCCAGCUCCUUAUGAAUUGCUUAAAAAGGAAAGGAGAAAGGAGCCUUGCUUCUAAGGCUUGCUGGCUGCUCCAGUAAGGUUUAGCACCAUCCUUUACCUUAGCUACUGCCUAUUCCCUGACUUUCCUCUAACCCUUCAGAACACAGGUGGCAAGUUGCGAAGGCUCCAAUCUCUUUAAGGCACUAAACUGAAGGAGACCUUCCCAGAAUAACUACUGGUGACAAAGGCCUUGUUCCUGGUAAGCUUAGGAGUAUAAGCAGGAGUCAGUGAUUAUUAGGGUAUGGCCAGUGCCCAGGAGUUAACCACAGACAGUGUCUGGUCCAGCCUAUUCUGUCCCUGAAGAGCAUUAACUUCCUCUUGCUUCCUCAUCUAGCCUUGGCCCAGGCCUGCAUCUCUGUAUAUAUUGCUUUUAGUGUGUGUAUGUAUUUACUCCUGGACAAGUGUGUUCAGCUGUGACCCUUGCUGAGGAUAAGGUUAAAAGUUGGGUGAAGAGCCAAACACCAGGCCUCCCUCCCCAACUCACUGGGACCUUAGCCAGUCCCAACUGCCCUGACAAUCAGGCAGGCACCCCACCACGAGGUUACCUCGGGCCUCUGCUGCCAGCACAGCCCCAGGGAGGCUUGGCCUUGGCAGAGGUUUCAUGACUAGUGCCAGAUGGCCUGGCUCAGGACACUGCUGGUGGGACCUCCAGAACUGGCCCCUAGGCCCUGCCUUCCCUGCACAGGCAGGCUGCAACAGGCCUGAGCAGUGCCAAGGAGGCUUCCUCACCCCCACAGACAAGGCAGAGGGGUGGAGAUGAACUUUUGGUUUUACUUUUCUUUAUAAAGUGGUGCCUGUACCUCCAGCCCCCAGGGGGCCUUCCCUGGCCCCACUUCUCUGCCCCACCCAGGCGUUGCCAUCCCAGCACUUUCCUCCAUGUCACCCGGAUGCCCUUUGCUGAAUGUACCUGAGUGUAUGUAUUUAAAAGGACUCAUAUGGGCAUCAGAGAACUGAUGGCUCUGUAUCCAAUAAAAGAUGGUGAAAAUGGUC